UGUUACACUUCAUUAUUGUCUUUCAAGUUUCAACAUAUCCCAUCUUAGAGAACUGAAAAGAGCUUACGAGUUCUUGAUAAAGGUAAUUAGUGCAAUUAUUAGCAAAUAGCAAUGGAAGACGUUGGUUCUGCAUCAACCUCGAGGACGACAAAUCAUCAUCAGAAGAAUAAGAACUCGUUGUUCUCUCGCAUGAAGAGGGGUUGCUUAUAUUUUGCAGUUUCUGUAGAAGAAAGUUUUAGAUAUGUAAAAGCCUUCUUCGUGGGUCAGUCAAAGGUAAUUACAGCAAGAAAUGAGAAGGAAGCAAGUGCAGCUGAACUUGAGGCUACAAAGAUGCAGGUUGAGGCUGCUGAUGCCGCUGAAGCAACCAAGAACAAACUCAAUACAACAACUUAAUUUUUCGUUUUCUCUACAUACUAUUCACUUUAAAUAGCGUAAGGGAUAUUUAUUUUUCUUUGGAAAAGUAUGAAGAGCCAAUGUAUAUUUUAUACAAUGUGUACAAUGAAGUUAAAUUAAAAUUUGAAUUAAA